AUGACAAACGAGCUGGCUUUUGUAUUUAUCGGUGUCUCUAUUGUGUUUUGUGAUUUUUCUAGAUAAAAAGAAAAUGAAAUUGCGCAGCCAAUCCUACCGUGAAAUGGUUAAAAUACUCAAAGACGCUGGUGUCUAUGAGGAAGGAAUGCAAACUUCAGAGCUUAAGAAGCUUGCGCAGGCCGUGGAAAUGUCCACCAUGGAGCAAAUCGAGGCAAACCAGGAAAAGCAGCAAUUCGAAAGUGCCCGCAAUGAGGGCGAGCUGGAGGUUAAUUCAUCGCACCCCGUGGAGCGUCAGACUGUACGUGAGCGCAGUGCAGACGGGAACAGCCGCGUACUCCGUUCGCAUUCGAAGCGUGUCCAAACCAACAACAAAAACAAUACCAACAGUAGCAACUAAAUCAAUGCAGAUCAUUCAUCCCCAUCCACUUUAUAAAUCUUUGUAAUAUUUGAGCUUCGCUUCUAUCGCGGGGCAUUCUUCCUCAGACGGAAGAACGUUUUCAUCGGCUUUUCGCGUGCGUCCAGACAAGAGCCAUUUCCCUAACCCUAAAUUUCAUCCGACACACUCAGCCCCGGCGAUUAAAUAUAAUGAAAUAUAUGUGCAA